UUCUUGGAAGGGAACUGAACCCAAUUUCCCAACUGUAUCUCUUAUGUACUGGACCCAAAUUCUUCAUCUUUUGAAUUUCUACGCUUAGGACUUUGUAAUUUUAAAAUAGCAAGACGUUCGAAUUUUUGAGAAUUAGAAAGUCCUGUUCCGGAGAAAUAUGUGGCCUUAUCAACUAUUUUUUGAGAAAUACGAAAAUGGUGCGUAGAUGGGUACGUUUGCCCGUGUUAAUUGAAAGAAAUGUGAUGGUUGACCGGUGGAUGGUACCAGAAGGCCGUAAUUCUGCCGCAGGCUAGGCCAUGGCAAGGUGAGAGCACAGUACACGAGUCGACCACAAGAUGUCGUGUUGAAAUGUUCAGGUAAGGCAAUAGCCGCGUUGUUACGGCAUUCGAACAGCCGCAGUGCCGUAAGAACAACGCUCUUUCCGAGAACGGCCCUCCGGAGACGUCCUGUUCUCGGAAAUAAAACGGACGGUUAUAAAAGCCUCGUCUUAUGCUCAUAAAUAUUUCAUACUUAUCGAAAAGCUUAACGGUAGGAUCGCUAUAAAAGCGGCAUUGCUAGUCGGAAGUCAGUAAGAACGAUAGAAAAGGAACAAAAAGAAGGUAGUUUGAGAGCGCAACAUGCACUAGUGUUGAUAUCGAGCGAAGACGCUAUGCCAGAAACGCUCUCCUUUUACUUGGUUCGAAAGCAGAUUCAUUUGAAAGGCGAGGCGUGUCAUUGAUUUUUCAAGAAUUCUUCGUGGAUCGUGUCGUAACGCGCGCGAAUCCUUUCGUCGAUGAAUGUAAAUUCUUUCGUUCGAAACGGUCUGCUGUCGUUGGCCAUCGACGCGUCUCGGGGAAUCGUAAUUAGCGAACGGAAACACCUCUCCUCGAACAAUUACCGCGCGUUGCAAAUUAACCCUCGGGAGGUGUCCGGGUCAAUUGUGAUCCUCAUACGCGCUAUAUGGUGCAACUUCUUCACAAUAUUCGUAACACUUUACGUACCAAAUUAUAGCUUGUAACGCUUUGUUUAUAAUUAUACGUUUUUGUUUAUCUUAUCUCUAAACUUCAAUUGCAUACUUUCCAUUUCGAAGCGCUUUCGUGGUGGGAGACUAGUUCCAAACCCACUGGUUUCCGAUGCAUUAUUUCCCAGAAUCUUGAACUGUAAAAAUUCCAAGGAUCCUAAAUUCUAAAGUCACAGAUUACAAUAUCUAAAAAUUCCAAAACUGGAAGAUGUCUCUAUAACGAAGAGUCGAUCGAUUUGAAAUCGGAAGAUUUAAGAAAAUCAGCGAUAAGAGUAUAAAGGAAGCGAACGUUUUCGAUCGCAAGAGUAAUCGGACAAAACAGCUUCUGGUCGGAGUACAGAGAGCGUAAAGCACAGGUAAAAGAGAGCAGGGUUACCGCGCAGGUGCGAACGGUACUGAGGCCCAGGUGGAGGUGGCAGCCGGGCCCCGUUCUCUGUUAGCCCUGUCGUCUGUCAGUGGAGCUCAGUUAGCAGACAGUCGGUCCGUCCGGUCAGCUGGUUCCGCCUAAUCGUGAAAGAGAUCUUCUUGACUGUAAAUCGAACGCGGACCACCCGAUAGAGGCCGGUAAUCGAGACUCGAUCAUCGAACAUCGACGAAGAAGAAGAGAAAUUAAAGAUCGAUUGGCCGAUGAGCCGCGUGUGCGCGAGUGUCCUCGCUUAACCAACACGUACGAUCGAAAAAUCAGGGAAUAAGCAAGUGACAAGAUCGUAUCGAUCCGUGUAACGAGACAAUAUUUUAAUCGAGACGAACGUAUGCGUGGUUAAGUAGGAAAUGACUAUAUCGUACGCGAGUGAAGUGCCAAACGGCUCCAGCUUCGGCUGCUUCUGGAGGAUCCUGAUCAAAUGGCGAGGCUCUGUUUACAAGUUAAUCUGGCGAGAACUGCUGGCCUAUCUUUUCUUCUACUACCUCAUCAACCUUACAUACAGAUAUGCGCUGAACGAGCAUCAGCGGGUAAUAUUCGAAAAAAUCAGGUACUACUUCGGCAACUCGAGCGAAUCGAUACCCAUGUCGUUCGUUCUGGGAUUUUAUGUGAGUCUGGUCGUGAAGCGAUGGUGGGAACAGUACAAACUAUUACCGUGGCCGGACAACUUAGCCCUGUUCAUCAGUGCGGCUAUUCCAGGAAACGAUGAGAGAGGCAGACUAAUGAGGAGAAAUAUCGUGAGGUACGCGGUGCUCGCGUACGUCAUCACGUUGCAGAGGAUUUCAUUGCGCGUGAAGAGACGAUUUCCGACGCUUCAGCACAUCGUAGACGUUGGUCUAAUGAUGGAGUCGGAGAAGAAAAUCUUCGAGAUGAUGAACAAGAAAGCGGCCAUGUCCAAGUACUGGAUGCCGCUGGUUUGGGCGACGAACAUCAUCAACAGAGCCAGGAGGGAGGCUCUGAUCACCAGCGACCAAGUAGUGCAAACCCUCCUUGUCGAGCUGAGCGACAUCCGGAAGAGGCUUGGCGCACUCAUUGGUUACGACACCGUUUGUGUUCCUCUCGUUUACACGCAGGUUGUCACGCUAUCUUUGUACGCGUACUUCUUCUCCGCUUUGCUCGGCAGACAGUUCAUCGAGCGGACGGACGCCGGAGGCGGGAAAUACGAGGAGCCAGACAUGUAUUUUCCAUUUUUCACGGCGUUGCAGUUCUGCUUUUACGUUGGCUGGCUGAAAGUUGCCGAAGUGUUGAUUAAUCCAUUUGGCGAGGAUGACGACGACAUCGAGCUGAAUUGGCUAAUCGAUCGACACAUAAAGGCAGGCUACAUGAUCGUCGACGAAAUGCACGAGGAGCAUCCAGAAUUGUUGAAGGAUCAGUACUGGGACGAGGUAGUGCCGAAAGACUUACCGUACACGGUAGCCAGUGAGCAGUAUCGACGCGAGGAACCAAAGGGAUCGGCCGAGCAUUAUAAGGUCAAAGAGAGCGAUGCUCUUUAUGCGAACGUUAUGCUCGGUACGCAGAUUCACAAUCACGUUCAGCAUCGCAAGACUCACCAGGAUGACAUGUACGCCGAUUACGAAAGCGUGGAUACUCCGUUAGUAGAACGAAGAAAAAAUUGGCUGCAGCGUCAGAUCACCAGAAUGGGCUCUGUCCGCAGUUCAUCGACCACCUACAGCAGCGGAGGUGGUUUUUUCUCGAGGAACCGUCACAACAGUGUCUAUAGCAGCCCCGAGACCGGAGGUCUGCCACAAACGAACAAUCCGAACCUUAAAAUGUCGCUGUACGACAGAUUAGUCGGACGGAAAAGCAUUCGCAGUCAAAGAAUGGGUAGACAAAGUACCAUGACGAAGCUGAACUCGGUGCCGGUAUCCCUGAAGAACAGACCACGCAUACCAACGCCGGAUGUGACGAAGGAGGUGGUCGACCGUGAACAGAGACUGGCUCUGUCGGCGACCAACGCGGUCAACAUCGGUGCGGGUGUCGUCGGAGUGAUACCAGCUAACGGACACUAUCAGACGGACCUACCUGUGGUACAGGUGAUGUUGUCGACGAUCCAGGAAGCCGAGGGCACUCCGGCGACAGGAAAAUCGGGAGCAGCCGCGUUGGCGCAGGCUGUCCUGUCACCGACUCUGACGAGCGCUGGUUUGGUAGGUCCUGUCACUCUGACGCCUGUCACGAUGAGCCAGUUAACGCAGCUGGGUCUGGUCACGACCACGUCCGCGUCGAUGAUCAAACCGAGCGAUCAAACCAACAACGUCCAAGCCACUUUGACCGAGGUGAACAGCAGCGAAGAGGAGGGUUCCGGAAGUUCCAGUAGCAGGAGCGGCAGCAUCACCGGCCAAGAGGAGCGAUCCACGCCGCUGAUAAAUCAAGAUAGGAGCACUCCAUUGAUCGGAGAGACGGCUAGCCAUUUGGGCAGCAGCGGCAGCUCGCCUACCUUCGACAGCUACACCGACCGUUCUCCGAUCCUGAUGAAUCCCGAGAAGUUGGGCUAUAUGGUCACCACGGUGCCGAUCGCGCAGGACGUUAAAACAGAUCCACGAGGUAGACGAUCGGCUUCGCUGCCGGGUCCACCGCUUCUGCCGUCCAGGGAGGACAGAAGCAUGUCUCUGCCGCACUCUCCGGGCCUUCAGCCGAGAGAGAAUCGCGCAGCUUCGGUAUCGAAUGGCCACGAACCUCCCAACAUAGACAGACUAUUGGUGCACGCGAACCAGGACAUUCGACCAAGGACAAACAGCAUCGGCCACGACCUCUGUAGACCCAUUCACCGAAUACAGGAAACCUCGAGGAAGAUCAGCAGCGUGUCGUGCACCAACGCGACGUUAUCGAGCGGACUGGGCACGACGCCCACCACGGCGACCAUGGUGCCGGCACCGGCACCUGUCGCCGGAAGCAAGCGAGGCGAGGUGUACGUUUGACCGGAGAAACUUUUUCGAAGGGAACGAUGUCGUAAACUUGCUGUCGUGCGCACGACUCGAUCGUCGCGCUCGCCUGAAAUCCGACUCCGUCCAUUGCUGUGAUGACUCGGUGCGUUUCCGCGCACGGUGAGAGUAGGAAGUAAUUUUCACGCGAAACCACGUGAAACGAUAAUGGGACUUUUUUAUCGAUCGGUUCCCGACUCGUCUCGACGCGUUCUCGCGCGGACCUUCGAACGACGCUUCGAACGAUUGCGCUGUAAAUACGCGAACCGCAACUUACGCGAACGAGAACCACGAUCGGAAAGAGACGGUCGGCGGUAAAUUUUGUCCGGUAGUCGCUCCAUGACCUGGGUUAGAAACGUUCCUGGCGUAGAUGCAGGGAUAGAAUUCGACGGAGACGCUCGUUUUCUCGUCGCGCAAUAACGCGGUAGCGAGAGGAUUCGGUAAUCGACGUUACGAAAUGCGUCGCGAAACGGUGAUUACGUUUUUAGAGUAGAAAUUGUACCGUUCAGGCGACGAGAUCGACAGAGAAACAGGCGAUGUCGCGAAUACGUAAGCGAAGCCUGACUACGGAUGAUCCGAUGGUUCAGAGCGCAACGAGAGCAAUCUUUCGGAGACCACGUCGAUCUCGUUGCGCGCGUUUCGCUUUCGUGUAUCGUGUGAUAUUGUGAUAUUGAAUUCGAAGGCGUUUCCGCGUCUUGUUUCUCCCCGAAUGCAUAGAACGUUUAGUACCAGGAGAUAAAAGAGUCGAGCUGCGUUUGUAAAUAAUCUGAUCCUCGCGAGACGCGACAUGACUCGUCGUUUUCGCGCUUCUUGCGGUCCGGGUGGAUUUUUCUCGCUUGCCAGCGUCAACCGUAUAUUUUAUUGCACGCGACGCGAGCCAGUUCGCGGAUCACGCGAAACGCGUCGCGUUAGCCUCGAUCGCAACCGCUGGAAUGCCGUAUGCAACGUUUGCCAUAUUUGCCAUACUCGAAGAUACGCUUUGCGUCAAAUUGCGGGCAACUGGAACUGCGAGUCCUCGUCAGAAAGCGAGCGAGGCGAUGUGCAACGAUCCGAAAGGCGACCUUUACCAUGUUAUUUCAUAAUCACUCGUAAUUGUUAGAUAGUUUUCUCUUUGUUUUUUUUUUGUUAUCGAUACGAGAGGCGUUCACGAGUCCGUGAGCAUGAAAAGCAAGUGCUGUUCGACGAACAAAUUCGACUGAACGAGGAGGACUAAUCAUAUCUCAUUUUGUUUUGUUUCUUUUUCUAUCGUGAAGUACACUCGAGUACUCGGACUGUGCAAUUAGUUGAAACGCGCAGGAGCUCAAACCUUUUUUAUUAAAUCGACCAUUGUUAUCCGACGCACGUGUACAUAGUAGAGCAAUUAAGUUAAGAGUACUUGGUGUAUGAGAUUAUGGAAUAUGCUCAAUGCCAAUGGACGACGAGUAACGCGCGAUACGCGUCCGAAUUUGCCCGCGUCGCGGAUGAGCAAGUUCGUCGUUGAAUCGAUGAAUACUACCUUAAGGACUUUUCUUCUUUAGUCGUUAAGCAUCGUAGUCUGAAGCGCGGAACGUGUAAAUACGGACGUAUUUUUCUAAUCGAUUUGUUAACUCGCUCUUCUCGCGACGCUAUUAGUUUAAGCGACGAGAUCGGUUCCUGGCUCGAUUCGUAGCAAGCCACCCGCGAAAAAAAUAUAUUAACUUAAUAAGAAAAACGCGGCGAAUUUCGUGAACGAGAGAUAGUGCAAUUUGUUCUUGUUAAAACUUCGACGUAUACUACCUGUUUGAGAUACGAUUGCGCGACGUGUUCGCGGGCAAUCGAUGUUUAUAUUCGAUUAAAUAUAUUAACGUCGUUGACGCCGAGAAAAGUGUUUUCAAGAGUAUUUAUUGAAAAUAAAAGAUUCCGUCGAGCGAUUCGCUGGAAUCGAAAUGCAAUUUAUGACGCUGUAAAAGGAAUACUUUUGAGUUUUCUCCGUUUCGACGAUCAUUCGUUAUCGCUCGAACGAUACGUGUGUCCACGAAUCUCGAAUCGAAAGGACGUAUCGAGUUUGUAGAUACUUAACACACAGUAUUUGUAUAUAAAUUACAUUCUCGCUGUUGUAACGGUGCGUCCGACCUGGAGCUUUUCUUUUCGCCGUACGAAAAGAAUCGUUUCGGUGCUCGAAUCGCGUCAGCGUGAUAUAAGAGAUCCACAUGUAAGAAUAGUAAUACAUUAUUCUUAUUAUCUAUAUUCUGCAAUAAAAAUAAACGUUCUGAAAGG